AGGACCCGCGGACAGUGGCGCUGAGGGGUCCAGGGCCCGGCGCUCCCCGGCCGGGGGUAGGUCGGGGGCGGGGCCGAGUUCGGUCCCGGGCCAGGGCCUGGGCUGUGGCCAGGGCCCGUGCUGUGUUCCGGAGGGGCCGGGGGUACAUCUCCAUGAAUAACUUAAAUGACCCCCCAAAUUGGAAUAUCCGGCCUAAUUCCAGGGCUGACGGGGGUGAUGGAAGCAGAUGGAAUUAUGCCCUAUUGGUUCCAAUGCUGGGAUUGGCUGCUUUUCGUUGGAUUUGGUCCAGGGAGUCCAAGAAAGAAAUAGAAAAAGAGAGAGAAGCGUACCGUCAGAGAACAGCUGCUUUCCAGCGGGAUCUUGAAGCCAAGUACCACGCCGUGAUCUCAGAAAACCGGCGUGCGGUUGCUCACUUGUCUUUGGAACUUGAAAAGGAACAAAACAGAACGACUAGUUACCGAGAAGCCCUUAUCUCUCAGGGGCGCAAGUUGGUAGAAGAAAAGAAGCUUCUGGAACAGGAGCGGGCUCAGGUCAUGCAAGAAAAGAGACAGUUGCAGCCCCUGAGAAGUGCGUAUCUCAGCUUCCUGGAAAAGGAAGAUGACUGGCAGAGGAGGGCCAGGCUUGUGCUGAAAGAGUUUGAAGACGCUCUUACGGAAAGACAGAACAUCUACUGCAGCCUGCUCCUCCCCCGCGGCAGGCGGCUGGAAAUCGAGAAGAACUUACUGGUCCGAGCAUCCACCGACCCAGUUGCCGCUGACCUGCAGAUGGCGGCUGGCCUGACCGACAUAUUUCAGCACGACACAUACUGUGGCGACGUCUGGAAUACCAACAAACGCCAGAAUGGGAGACUCAUGUGGCUGUAUCUCAAAUACUGGGAGCUGACUGUUGAGCUGAGGAAGUGUAAGAGAGUUGAGAAAGCCAUCCUAGAGAAGUAGGGCAGGAGCGAAGUACAUCUUCGGUGAUGCUGUGGUGUCCCGGGGCAUCGCCGUGUUGUCUUCUGUAGCCACCUUCCAGCUGAGGGGUCUUCUACUCCCACCACCGACUGAGUGGGACACAGGGUCUCUUCCUUGGCCCUCUUCAGCUAUAAGGAUGCAGUUUCUCGGGAAAAAUUUUUUUUUUAAGCUGUAACAUUUUGUUAGGCUGAACAGUAUAACCUCGUAUCUUUGCUGUAGGGUAAGAUUGUUUUUAAGAAAGUCAAAUACAGUAUCGAUCCUCACUGUAAGUAGUUUUCUGUUUGUUUUUAUCACUCCCUAAAUAAAUUCUGUUUUCUCCUCAAAUUACUUUUCUCUCUCCUAGAAUUAUAAAUAGAAGUUGUCAGAUAAUGGAUAGAACUGCCUAAUGAGGACAGAAAAUAGUAACGUUAAUCAAGGUUUCUUGCUGGUGUGAGCAUCUCUCCCACCAAAGGGAGAGAAAGUGUUCCUUGUAUCCAGUUGACACCCUGGUAUAUGGUUGGAAUUUGGCUUGUGUCUGUAUUUAGUAAGCACCUAUUAUUUAUUAGCAGUGACAUAUAAUAAAAAAUACUUGCCAUUUAAAAGCAACAA